CCUACUUCAAACCACAACCCGUCUACCGAAAACACCACCCCCAUCUACCUCAACCCACACACCCUGGCCACCAAAACCACAUCCCCCAUCCAAUUCCCCUCAUCCAAAAUGUCAACCCCAACAAUCCCCCUAACCUACUACGACAUCGCCAUGCGCCCCCCCGUCUCAAAAACAUGCUGCAGUCCCAACCCGUGGAAAUCCCGCAUGGCCCUAAACUUCAAAUCCCUCCCCUACACCACAACCUGGGUUCCCCUCCCAGCCAUCCCCAAAGUCCGCCGCAACCUCGACCUCCCUGCCUGUCGCAAAUUCGCCGACGGCACCGACUUCCACACCCUCCCCAUCCUCACCGACCCCAACACAGACACCAAAAUCGGCGACUCAUUCGACAUAGCCACCUACUUACAAACCACCUACCCGACGUCCGGCACAGGGGACCUCUUCCCCCCGCAAACACUCGAUUUCGUCCCCAGGCAGGAAUUCGCACAGCUGAUACCACUCUCGGAGCAGAGUGCGGGCGAAUAUGAAGAAUAUGCGCGGUUUAAUAGGAAUGUUGACGCGGUGUUCACGGCGCAUGUGGUGUUAGCGGUGCAGGGGAUGCCGCUUGAUCCGGCGACGGAGGAGGAGACGAAGAGGGAGUUUGUAAGGCGGGCGGGGUGUAGGAGAGAAAGCUAA